UCCCAGAUCACGCGAUUUCAUUGGAUGGACGAAAGAGGCCACCUCCCCCUGGCAAGGGCGCUCUGGGACUCCGGAGUAGAGAAGCUGCUUCAGCUCAGCCGAAGAGGAGCCGCGGCGGUGACAGGUUCUAACAUCUGGGGACCUUUGCUCUUCUGUCAGCUUUCCCAUUCAAGAGUUUCAGGAGCUAUGUUGUCAGAAGUCUUGUUGGUAUCUGCUCCAGGGAAAGUCAUCCUUCAUGGAGAACAUGCUGUGGUCCAUGGCAAGGUAGCACUGGCUGUGGCCUUGAACUUGAGAACAUUCCUCCGGCUUGAACCCCACAGCAAUGGGAAAGUGGGCCUCAACUUACCAAACAUUGGUGUCAAGCAGGUCUGGGAUGUGGCGAGGCUUCAGCUCCUGGACACAAGCUUUCUGGGACAAGGUGAUGUCACAGCACCCACUCCAGAGCAAGUGGAGAAGCUGAAGGAGGUGGCAGGCUUCCCCAAGGACUGUGCUGUCACCGAGCGCCUGGCUGUGCUGGCCUUCCUUUACUUAUACCUGUCCAUCUGCCGGAAGCAGAGGGCCCUGCCGAGCCUGGACAUCAUGGUGUGGUCAGAGCUGCCCACUGGGGCAGGCUUGGGCUCCAGUGCUGCCUACUCGGUGUGUUUGGCAGCUGCCCUCCUGACAGCCUGUGAGGAGAUCCGAAACCCACUGAAAGAUGGGGAUCACGUCAGCAGGUGGACUGAACAGGAUUUGGAAUUAAUUAACAAGUGGGCCUUGCAGGGGGAGAGAGUGAUUCACGGGAACCCCUCCGGAGUUGACAAUGCCAUCAGCACAUGGGGAGGAGCACUCCGGUACCAACAAGGGAAGAUCUCACCCUUAAAGAGGCCACCGGCUCUCCAGAUCCUGCUGACCAACACCAAGGUCCCUCGCAGCACCAAGGCCCUUGUGGCUGGCGUCAGGACUAGGCUGAUUAAGUUCCCAGAGAUCGUGGCCCCUGUCCUCACCUCCAUAGAUGCCAUCUCCCUGGAGUGCGAGCGUGUGCUGGGAGAGAUGGCGGCAGCACCAGCCCCAGAGCAGUACCUCGUGCUGGAAGAGCUCAUGGACAUGAAUCAGCACCACCUGAAUGCCCUUGGUGUGGGCCACGCCUCUCUGGACCAGCUCUGCCAGGUGACCUUGGCGCAUGGACUGCACAGCAAGCUCACUGGUGCGGGUGGCGGCGGCUGUGGCAUCACACUCCUCAAGCCAGGUCUGGCACAGCCAGAAGUGGAGGCCACAAAGCAAGCACUGACCAGCUGUGGGUUUGACUGCUGGGAAACCAGCAUUGGUGCCCCUGGAGUCUCCAUUCACUCAGCUGCCUCUCUGGACAGCCCUGUCCGGCAAGCCCUGGAUGGCCUCUGAAAUGAGCCUGUGAUGCUGCUACCCCACCAAGAGCCCAUUCUGGAUUAUUCUGGGGGAUGGAUGUAGCCUCCGUGCUGGCCAGUGGGUGCCUAGCUCCUCUAUGAUGCCUUUCCUGCUGGCAGUGGGCCCAGUCACAGUGGUGGAACUUGAGUCUGCCCUGGGCUGAGCUGCCAGAACACUCAGCAUCCUUUUGAGCCAGCCAGACAGUGGGGCCCAAUGGGGUCUUCUGAGACUUUAGACCUGAGACAUGAGGAGGUUCCCCAUCUUCCCUGAAGCUCCCACAGACCUAUCUGCUUUGGGCACCUCCACCUUACCUGUGAACUUCUUGGCCCCCAUGGAUGGAUGUCUGGAUGCUGGGGUCUGGCUGCUGAAGCAGGGUGCCUGUUCUGUCCCUCUGCCUGGACUCUCCACCUGACUCUCCAGGGCCAGGCACCUCUACCUCCUCCAGGAAGCCUUUUCUGACCCCUGCUGCACUUCCCUCCUGUGUUACCUGCCAUCUAGUCUGAAUUGUCAGCACUUUCCAUGCCUGCCCUUCUGCCCAACUAGCUGGGGCUACCCCAGGGACUGCCUGGGUGGUGGCCUUUGCCUUCUGCCCUCCAGCCUGAGGGGUGGCUAAAUGAAGGCAGGGUCAAUGUGCAGUUUCUUCCAGUCUGCACCUGAGGGGUUUGCAGAAAAGAUGGCGCAGGAGGAAUAAAAAGAUCUUGAGGAAUAAAAAGAUUUUACUUUUCCAGAGAAAAGUAAAAAAACCCUUUAUUCCAUGUGCAGAAAGACAAGGGCUGGGUAGACUCCAGCCCAUCAUGCCUGUCCCCGUCAUCCCUUCUUCUCCAGCUACUUUCUUGGUGGAGCUCUUUUACAAUUGAAGGAAUUAAGGGCUUUGGGUCACUGUGUGUGUCUCAGGGAUAGGGUGGUUUUCCCAGAUGGCCUUUCCUAUACAGGGCCCAGCAUCUGCCAGGACAAUGCUCUCAGGCCAUCAGCACAACUACAGGCUGCUUUUCCAGAAGGGAAAUGUAGAGCUUCUUAGCAUCUGGAAUCACAGGAACCCAGUAAUGCACAGACUUUUGUAAACAAAAAGCUGCAAUAGCCUCUGGGACGUUCCUUUCUGAAAUUAACUGGCCAGGUGGAGAAAACAGACUCUUGCUGUUCAUUGCCCCAGUGCUUUUAUGUUGCUGGUCAAGCUGGCUCAUUCUGAAAUGGCGGGAUCCACUGGGAAACCCGUGUAGGUAUCGCUUAGUCAACAGAACCUCUGGGAGCCACAGGUCUGCCAGAGGCAGGGCAGAAAGGUGGGGGUGGGGCAGGGAUUGCAGGUUUUGGUUCAAAUGGCUUAGUGUGCGUCUGCCCUUGGCCACUAGGGGGCAGCUGGUGCCUUUCCCAGCUGACGUCUUCUGGGGAGGGUGAGAGAGCCUGCCUGGAGCCAGCCUGAAGAGUGGAGAUCCACCUCCAUUCCUAUUCCCAGGUUCCUCUCUGGGCCUGCCUGCGGUCACUGCCAGGCACAGGGGAGCAAGAGGAAUGACAGCUGGCCCAGCAUCACUUAUGGCAGUUCCCUGGCCUGGCCUUUAAAACACUGCAUAAAACCAUAAUAUUAAUACAGAGCUUUCAGCAGAGGCCAAGCACUGUUUUCAGUACUGUACAUAUGUCAUCUCUAAAUCUCUUUCCCAACCCCAGAGUGCAAUUUUACAGAUCAAUAAGUUAAGUUCAGAGAGGUUGAGUAACUUUUCUGAGGCCACACAGCUAAUCAGCAUCUGAGCAGGAUUGAAACUCAGUCUGACUCCAGAGCCUGCUUCUGCUGGUUGCAGCUCCGUGCACAGAUUCAUUGCAAUUUUAUAGCCUUCCUUGCUCAGGCUCAUCAUUUCUUCUGGAUCCUGAUGCACUUGGUGAGGGCCAGUCCUUGGCAUGCAUAUUUUCCUACUGUAGUUUGAGUGAGCAUCCAGGGCCCAGAGGCACGGUUCUCAGGGAAGAUGCUGGUUGACAGCCAGUUCCAGGAGUUGGGCCUAGAGUUCUCCCGGAGCUUCCGUAGGUAUCCAUGGCAGCUAUAAAAUGGGUUGGAGUAGAGUCUGAGGCCCCAGAGCCUGCCUGCUCUUUAACACACUCUUUCUCAUUCACUGGGGACAGGAUGUCACUCCUGGAGCAGGGAGUGCUUUGUCCCAGUGAAGUAGCCAGCUGUGUACCUUGGCCAGCACAGCCUCUCCACCCAGCCACCACUGCAGCCACCAUAUGGGCCUCUUGCCAGCCACUCCUGGCCACCUGUCUUUGAUAUACAUUUGCAGACAAUUUGCAUGUACAGCCAUCACUUCUCAUUGCCUAGUGUGGUUUUGACUCCCAGCUGUAUGUUACAAUCCCCUGGGGAGCUUCUGAAAGACACCCAGGAAUGCCUGGCUGCAUCCCCAGAUAUUCUGAUUUUACUGAUCUCAGUGGGAUUCCAUCACUGGUAACUUUUCCCAAGUGAUUAUAAAGUGUGGCCUGGGCUCCACUUUACCAACCCAUUAGACUUGGCAAGCCAGUUCAUUUCUGGGGGCCACAGCUUCCUCAUCUAGAAAAUAGAGUGACAGUGCCCACCUUAUAGAAGUUUCAUAGUGAUUGAAAGAAAAUACACAAACAGCCCUUGGCACUGUACCUGGCAUAUAGUAAAUGCUCAAUAAAUGCUUCUUAUAACUGUCUUGUGCUGAAAGAUAAGGUAUCUUUCAGAGCCCAGAAACAUCAGAAUGGUAUACAGAGCUGGUUAGAAGCUCCCCCCAUUGGUCCAAAGCCCCUAGAUUGAGAUUCCUCAGGUCACUGUUGGAGAAACCCAGCUAAUGCCAACUGGAUUUCCCACCUCCUGGCAGACACAUAGUACCGCAUCCCCUUUGCCAGGUGGAUAGCAUUUGGAGCCACUCCCAGCUUCUACAGCCCAUCAUGAAUUAAUACCCACCCUCACAGCCUGGUUCCCAGGUCUCACAUUGGGAGAUGGGCAGCAAAGACUGACGAAUCACCCCCAACAGUGGCUCCUGUGGUUGCCCAUGUUCUUUCUGCCAAUGAGGAUUCUUUUCUGCCUGAGAAUGUUUCCCGUGGACUGCUGCCAGGUGGUUGCAUUUGUUGGUGGCUGGCUGCAGGUCAGCAGGCACGAUCAGGCCCUCUGAGUGUGCUUAGACCAGUCAGUCCAUUUGCCUCUCAUUUUUUUUUUUUUUUGAGAUAUAAUCUUAGUGUCACCUGAGCUAGAGUGACAUGGCAUCAGCCUAGCUCACAGCAAUCUCAAAUUCCUGGAUUCAAGCGAUCCUUCGCCUCAGCCUCUCAAGCAACUGGGACUACAGGUGUCUACCACCAAGCCUGGCUAAUUUUUUCUAUUUUUAAUACGGACAGGGUCUUGCUAUUGCUAAGUGAUCCUCUGGCUUCAGCCUCCCAGAGUGCUGAAAUUAUAAGAGUGAGCCACUGAGCCUGCCUGAGAGCUCUGUUUUCAUUCUCAUUCCUCAGCAAGAACUCUUUGUAAGGCACCUAGUCUUGUGGCCUGCCCCUCUCAGGUGUCCCCUUCCCCAGCCCUUCCUGACUCGCAGCUAAUUUUGGACAGAUUCCUUGGCUGUCCCUUAGCACCACUGUCUGCCAUGAAGGGGCAGAAAGCUGGGUUUCAGGCCAGGUGAUGUGCCUCUGGAGUCUAGCACAUGUUUUUGGCUUUCAAAUUCUAACUUUUCUAUUAUUACAAAAACAUUUCGUAUACACUGUAGAAAGAAGACACAGAUAAGCAAAAAAAAGAAAAAGUACUUUUUUAUAGACCACACAGAGAUUAUACCUAUUAACAGCUUCCACCUUAGCCAGGCACAGUGGCUCACACCUAUAAUCUUAGCACUUUGGGAGGCUGAGGCAGGUGGAUCACCUGAGCUCACAGUGAGAGACCAGCCUGAGCGAGACUGAGACCCCAUCUCCAAAAAAUAGCUGGUCAUUGUGGUGGGUGCCUGUAGUCCCAGCUACUUGGGAGGCUGAGGCAAGAGGACCGCUUGAGCCCAAGAGUUUGAGGUUGCUGUGAGCAAUGAUGCCAUGGCACUCUACUGAGGGCGACAAAGUGACACUCUGUCUCAAAAAAAAAAAAAAAUCUUUCCCUCUGUGUGCACUUGUGUAUGUAUAUUGUGUUUGUGCUCUUCAGUACAAUGAGAUCAUACCAUUAGUGCUGUUUUGUUACCUGCUUUUUUUUUUAACAUUCACCUUUCUGUGUCAAUAUGUUUUGUUUUGUGCCUCUACCUAAGAUGAAAUCUGUGUCAAUAUAUUUUAAUCUCUAAUGCACAGGCCGUAGUCACAUUUCCCCCCAGCUGUCCCCACAAUGUCCAGAACCCUGUCCAAUACACACAUCUGGCUGAUACAGCCCAGACUUUUCUUUUAAUGUAGCACAGAUGCACAUACAUUCUCACUUUUUUUCACCAGUACAUGACUUGCUUAAGACACCCCAUGGGACACAGAGGUCUUCUGUGCUGGUCGUUCAGAAUCCCUGUGGCAAUGGGAGCUAACGCUUUGCAGAGUACCUACUGUGAGCCUGGCACGGUGCUGUUUUCUGUGUGCCUGUUCCCUGUGCAUCCUCUGUUCUGCUGGUGAAUAAACCGAGUCCCAGGGAAGGGAAGUAACUUGUCCAGGAUGGUGAGGUAAGCAAGCGGCAGAGCAGGAUUUGAAUGCAGGUCUGCAUGACCUCAGAGCCCUGCUUCCAGCUUCUGUUCUAGGCUGUUAUCUCAGAGAGGUGACCAGUGACCUCUCAAAGGCCCCUUUCCCCUUCCUUGUCCGAUUGACAGCUCAAUUCUCACCUCCUGGCUCUUCAUUGCUGGACACUCAUUGGACCACUCUGCCUGUACAGCAAAGGGGCAUACUGACCGUGCACAAUGUGUCCUCAUCUCACAGAACUGAGCCUGGAGCCUUCACCUCUCCAUGUGCAAGCAGCUGGGCACAGGGUUUGAAAGAGCCUCACACUGUGUGUCUUCUCAAAACUGAAACGGAUAAGGGGAAAAGUCACCCAUGUCAACCCAGCAGAUGUUUCGGAUGCUUGUAAUUACAGUCCCAAGUGUCAAAGACAGGAGAACCCUGGGAGAUCAUUCAGUCCAAUGCCUCAUAUGCUGUUGAUGGGGAAACUGAGUCCUAGAGAAGGCAAGAGACCUGCCUAUGGUCACACAGUGAGUGGACUCCUUGUUUUUGCCUUUUGGUUUUCUCCACACAGUGCAGGCAUCGCAAGAGGGACACGUGGUGUCCAGAGACUCAUCUCAGGACCUAGAGCAGGGACUCCCUGCUUUCCUCUCUCUCUGUUACAUUCUUUGCCAGCAGUGUGCUAAACCCUCAGGCGCCAUCACAUUUAAUUCCCACAACAACCUGGGGGUGCAAGUACAACAAAAUAAUAGUACCUUUUCUAAAAUCCUGCUGCCGGGUGUGAAUUGGAAUUGAGACUUGCAGAAUUUAGGGAUAGACCCUUGUGUGUCAUCCUUAGUGGCUUCUGGGACAGCCUCAUCCACUCUUGACUCUACAGCAAAAGGUAUGAAUAAAGAGCCCCACUAAGUGGAGUAAAAACCACAAAUAAUGUGUGUCAGCCCACAGGUUUGCUGCCAAAUGAAUAUGGCUCCAAGCUUCUGGGUUUCAGAGCAUCUUGGAUUGUGGGCCUCAAUUAUUCUCCCAUUUUGUAGAGAAAUAAACAAACGCUCUCUCAGAUAGGUUCAGUGAUUCGCCCAAGGGGGCUUGAACCCUAUCAGUCUGGCUGGACACAAACUCCCUCGAUGCAGGGGCUGCCCGGGGCACAUCUUUGUCACUUGGUGUAAGAGGGCUCUGUGCUGUCCAGUGGGGUCUGAGACACUGUUCUGCCUGGGGCAGAGCCCUGAGUCUGGGGUAUACUGACUCAAGCUAUUAGGUCAAACCAAAGUCUUUUUUACUUUUUGCCACCAUAAACCUGGUAAUGUGACAAAUGAGGCUGCAGAAAAAUGGCCCAGUGAUGAGCCCACACCUCCAGCCGCUGGGUUUUCCUGGGGGUCUGUGUCCUCCUGCAAACUGGGGGCAGGAACGUGGCCAUAGUCUGGGGCACCCUCUCCUCCUAACCUCCCCCACCAAGCCUCAGGAGGGGGAAGGGAGGCCCAAGUACAUCACUUCCCACUACACUUAGCUUAUUGAGGGGACACUUAGUGACACACAGGAGGUAAGAUACAAGAUGGCAAUUGGGCCUCUUUGACAGGCAGCUCUGCCAAACCCGGCUCACUUCCCUGGCUCAGAGAUUAACAGGGUCUGUUAUACAAUGUUUCAAAUCUGAUAAGGAAAACAUCCAUUUUGAGGUAUUUGCAUAAUGUGUUGGCUGAGGCUGAGGUGCCCCUGCCUGCUGAAUUCUGAAGGGUUGGAGGGGCUUUCCUAGGAUGCACCUGGGGCCUCUGGGGUGUCCUUCCUGCCCAGGGACAGGAGCUGCCAGCCCUACCACUGCCAAGCGCUGCAGGCAGAGUCUGGGCCCUUGGUUGCAAGCACUAUUCACUCAACUCAUGAAAUGCACACCUACUAUAUGCCAGGAGCUUGGCUCGGCCCCAGGCAAGGAAGGUGAUCAGCUGGAGCUGCUCUUAUCCUCAUAGGCAUGCUGGCCCCUAGUUCCAGAUGUUCGCACAUCAGUGCCCUCCAGCAUACUCAUGGCAAGUACAUGAGGAAAGUGUUGUGAGCCCUAUUUUCCAUAUGAGGAAACCGAAGACCAAAAAUGAAAUCUGUGCCUCAAGUCAUGUGAUCAUUAGGUGCAUAAUCUACGCCCUGAGAGAGGUCUCUGGACUUCAAGUACAGUGCUCUCCCUGAGAAGACCAGAUGGAGAGGUGAGCAUUUCUGGGAGAAGGGAGGUAAGCAGUACAUGGAGAGGGGAAGGCAAGGAAAAAGCCGAAAGAAAGAGGAUAAGAAGGCUCACUGUGUCACCCUUGACAGGUCUCUUGCCCUCUCUAGGCCUCAGUUUCCCCAUCCAUAGAAAUAAUUGUGUCUGUUAGCUGUGCCAGGGACUUUGCCUUAAUGCCCUUGUUUAAUCCUCCCAGUUGUCUGUGGGCUUUGGGAUCAGACAGAUCUGGUCUUGACCUAUGGCCUGACCACAUGCAGGUGUGGGACUUCAGCAGGCUGCGCCAUUUCUCUGAGACUGAGAUUUCUCGUUGGUGAAGUGGAAAUACUAGGAAACAACGCGCAUCUCAGCCUGUUAUGCAGAGCUCCAAUAAAUGGGAGCUAUUGUUAUUAUCAGAGAGGGAAACUGAGGCUCAAGAGGUGAUGUCACAGCUCAAAGGUGGCCAUGCCAGGAUUGGAACCCAGUGACAUCUGACUCCAAAGCUGACGUCUGCCUUUGACACGAGGCCAGGCUAGGUUUUGCUGAUAUGUCCUACCCCUAGAGGGAGCAGAAUGGUGAGAAGAGCCAGCCCUUCCAGCCCCAAGGGACCCAGGCAACAAGUUGGACUUGACUGAGCUGCUUCAGACGCUAUGUAGUCCCCAAGACCACAGUGCCACCCAAUGAUUAUUAUGGGUCUGGGAGUCAGAGGACACAACCUUGGAGAAAGAGAAUCCCCUUGAACUGAGCACCUGCCUUCUGUUGUCAACAUGGCCACAUCUGCUUCGUGUUCCCUUUGGCUUUCACCCAGCAGGGGAUGUUCUGCAUACACAGCUGGCCUGGUCAUUGGUGGGCACUGGAGCAGCUCUCACUCACCCCAGGUUGCCAUCUGCCUCAGAGAAGCAUGUCCACCAUUUGGGAAGGGAUAACCAUCCAUCAAGACCAUUCCCUGAGAGAACCACCUAACCCUACACUGUGGAUGGGGAAACUGAGGCACAGAAGCGGGUCACAUAGUCUCUCUGUGGUAGAGCUGGGACUCAAACCCAGGCUUCCUAAACGGCAGAGGGGCCUGAGUCGAGACAGAGUAUUUCAGGCCCAGGAAAAAGAGCACAAGGGCUGCUAAGGUGUCCUCAUCCACCCUGGGAGGGGCUGAUUCCUCUGCCAAUGGCCUUAGUGAGUUUUGACCAGAGUGGGCUUUGCAAAGGGCUGAGGGUACACAGAUGCAGAAGCCACUGAUGGAAGGUGGGAUGGGUGUGUGAGGCAAGGCCAAGGUCAGGACUCCCAUCUUUCCACCUGACUCCUGUAGUUGGGAGAGCACUAUACAGGGAGUCAGCCCCACAAAAAACACCCUGGGCUGUGGCCUCCUCCGGUUUUCCACCAUGCUGAGGAACUCUGCCUGCUCAGGGUCUCAAACUCACAAGCCUGCAGGGGCCACUCGGUGAAAUACAUGAGCCCUGCUCCAGCUUCAAGCUAACUGUUACCCCACAGGCUGGUGGACCAGUCCAAACCUUUCCAUCUACAGUAGUUUUGACAGAGAAUUCUGAAAUCGGGAUUUGGGGAUAAAAUUAGAUUUUUUAAUACUGUUAAGCAAUAAAGAAAAAAAUCAAUUAAAAAAACACAACAACAAAUGAUCAAGUCAACCAGCUGCAGACUGAAAACCACCUGGGGUGGAAACCUCCUUCAGAACUGGCACCCCCUGUCCAUCCACCCCCAUCCCUGCUCUGGGGAGUGGGCUAGGGAGUGGGGGGCAUCACCAGUCGCAGGGCUCCCUCCCCGAAUCUGAUUACCCUUGGGUGCUCCAUGAAAAGGCAAGCGGGCGGGUGGCAGGGCAGCGGGGGCACCAGAGGCUGGGUUGAGAGCUCUUCCCCGAGAGGCACAGAUGGUAUUUUUUUUUUUUUUUUUAUUAGUGUCAGCUUCGGCUUCUUUCUGCUCUGAUGAAUAGAUUCUAAAGAGGCAGUGACAUUAUUUGAGAUAACAGAGGGAGCAGGAAAAGGGUCCCGGGUGGAGAGAAAAUGGCAGAGCCAGCAGAUAAAGGGGAGAUCUGAGGGGGUGGAGCACCCUGGCUGGGGUCCCCUCCCUCCAGUUCUUUGAUCUCUCCUACAAGCUCAGCUCUGUGCAGCAGGGGUGGGAAGCUGCCCACUGGGCCCUGGCCCUGGGCAGUGAGGCCCGGACAGCUGCGCCAGCACCCACUCUGCUCCCCGGCAGUCCCGCUCGCUCGCUCGGCAGCCGGCCGGCCAUUCUGCCUUUUCAAUUCGAUUCAAUUAGGCCGCCCUGCUCGGAAGCUUGUCUCCUCUGAUAUCCAGUUUAACUGACAGGGGAUUAGUGCUGUUGGUAUUUUUCUUUCUCUCUCUCUCUCUCUCUCUCUCUCUGUUGUUGAACUGUAGGCAGGGCCAAGGGACCUGGGUUAUUUAUGGAGCCGGCUGGCCACACUGCCCCUCUGGGACUUGCUUCCUUUGGAGGGGGCUGGGGACCCUGAUCUCUGCUGCCCACACCCUGCUUCCUGGUCCAUGGGCUUGAGGGCCUGGGCAGUGGAGUGUAACAGCCCAGACAGGACUGGAUUGUAAUCCCAGCUCUGCUGCUUGCUGGCUAUGUGAUCUUGGGUAAACAGUGUCACCUCUCUGAGCCUCAGUUUCUUUAUGUGGAAAAUGGAGAUAUAUGAUUAACCACCUCCCCAGGUGGUUGUACAGGGCAAGCUUUGUGGGGAGGAUCAAGUGAAGUGUGGGGCAUUCAGCUGCCCCCAUGGGACAUUCAUGUCACUCAAAUGUGAAUGAGUGACAGUUCUGCACCAGGCACCAUGCUGAGUCCCACAGGAGGCCAUGGUAGCCCAGCAUCCCUGGCCUGCCUUCAGGAAGCUUGCAUUCCAAUGCAGCCCAUGAAAAAGAAAUACGAUGUCACUCAUGCUGUGUGUUCAUUCUGGAGUGCUAGGCAAAUGGAAGCAAUGACCACGAUGGAAACUAGGACCAAGCCACAUGUAGGCCCUUUGCCUCUGCUGUUCCUUCUACCUGGAACAUUACACCUCCACCCAUAUCACACCAUUAGCCUGGCUGGCCCCAGGCCUCAACCGACCACUCACCUCCUCAGCGAGCCUUCCCCAUCAACCCUCCUUCCAAAGCAGUUCUCCCUGCUGCCUUCCAGCUCUUCCUUUGCUUUGUUUCCAAACUGUGCCACCAUUUGUUGACUUGUCACACUGUCUAUCUCCCUGAGGACUGCUAGCUCUCUGAGGGCCAGCUGCUCUCUCUCCCACUUCUAGCACAGCCCCUAGCAUGGUGGUAAGAGCUUGGGCCUUUAUGAUUAAAUGAAUAGAUGAAUGAAUGAAGUAAUGAAUGAAUGAGUAGAGGAGUAGAAAGCAGCCUAUAAUGUUCCCCCACUCACCACUGCCCUGGGUCUACCUCCAUACCCUGCCCCAAAGGGCCUGCUGGGUCUUAGAAUGGGUGUGGGUCAGGGGUUGGUCAGAAGGGAGUGGGUGUUCUCUCGUCAUCCUUUCUGCACCACAAGGGAUGGACGGGCCUCCCUAGACUCUCCCUCUUAUGUCCAGGGGGCUGGUGAGUCCUUUGAAGUGAUGAGCUAGAAAGGCCGCCCCCAGCCUAGGAAAUGUCCUCAUUUAGGGGGAGGGAUGAGCUGCCAACACCCACCUGCACCCCCUUCCUCAUUCCAUUUAAUGGAUCUUGGUGGGAGGACUAGACGUGGGGAAACGCAGGUCCAAACAGUUAUACAAUUCAGUGCAAUAAAAUAACAGCCACCACUUAUUGGACACAGCCCUGGCGCCAGGCUUGACAUUUCAUUCUUGUGACCUCAUUUCAUUCUCACAAUAACUUUCAGUAGUAGGUGUCAUCUUUGUUCUCCAGAAGAGAAAACUGAGG